CCAGUUACCAACACACAGUUCGCUCGCGUUCGCAACUCAUCAAAGAGACGUCCGUCGGUCGCAGCGACACAAAGAGUUUCGAAGUUCAAGAUUGAGAUAAACAUCGCUAAGUUGCAGCAUCUUGUUUCAACGCACAAAAUUACAUCUUCUGAAUUCCGGCCGAAUUGUCUUUGGAAUGUAAAUUGUUUCCAUGAGCCGAAAUCACAAAGGACUUCUUAAAUAGCAGAGAAGCAGUGUCACGUUAAUUAAACAAAAUUGUUAUCCGGAAAAGAAGGAACUACAAAACUUAAAACACUACGGAUUGAAUAGUCCCGUCACCAUGUCUAUCCCUAAUCACGCAGGGUCUUCGAGAAGAUCAUUUUCGCGCAAUCCACCUCAGAGGAGUCGUCAUCGUAUGCAAUUCUCGCCGCAUCCUCAGCGCAGUAAUCAUGGACAAUGGUACAAGGAUAUGGUUGAACCAUGCUAUCAACUUGGCGAUGUACAAAACAGUAAUAAUGGCAGUUGUCCCAAAGAGUCCCAAUAUCCUAAAUCUCCUAUUAGUUUUGGUACCGAUGAUAUACUUGUUGGAAAUAAUAAUCAAAGAUCUCAACAAAUUCUUAGAGCGCCUGGCCCGAGCCACGCGGAUCGACGUAUGAGCGGAGUCCGGACACAUACGCCAAGUACGAGUUUGAUUGAUAGACAUAUGCAACAUUAUGAAGGACCCUCCUCGAGGAAUGCAGAGCUUCACAUAGAAACCCGUCCGGGUUUGGUAGAUUUGCAGCGCCCAUCAAAUCCAAAUCGCGAUAGAAUAAGCCCACAGUAUCAUCAUAAUAACAUGAUGAACAAUAACAAUAACCACGUUAACCAUCAAACCCCCAGUCCGCCGUACUGCCCAGAAAAUGGUAUCAAGUCGGACAGUCCUUCACGAAAGCGUAGGCGCAUAUCUCGGAUGCCAAGCCAAUCACCGCCAGCAAUAUGGGAACAUCGUCGUUCGCCAAGAAAUCAACAUCAACAACAAGUGCAAAUGCAGCAAGGAAGUCCUCCAAUUCGUCGGCCACGACUACGUGAUCAGCAACAACAGCAACGCCCAUGGGAACCAAUUCCGACACUUAUACAACAAACACCGCCACCUCAACACCAAGCACCGCCUCACCCACUAGUGGUAGAUAUCAAUCAAGUUCCUGUUAGUUUAUCGUUAAGGCAUGAACCUAUUUGGACUUAUUCCACUGGUCCUCAUACAUCUAUCUGUGCCUAUCCGGCGCCGCCUCGCCUACCACCAUGUCAGGUCCACGGUGUUUUUUCCCAGCCUUUUGCCCAAACUUGCAAUAUAGGAGGACAUCAUUUUGGUGGCUACACUUCAACUGCACCGCAACUUGCUGUUCCGCCACCACAUCAACCAAAUUACCAACAUGCUCAUAUCACUCAACAACGGCCGGAUACGAUUUCCUUAGAGUCACUUGAUCAUUCGGGCGCAACAUCUCUUCACGUUUCCCCCAUAGCAGCUCAUAUGCAUUCCUCCACUCAGAUGGCACAAGUGUCACCACCACAGCCAAUUUUCAUACCUACUGAAAAUCGUCCAAAUCAAAUUGAUCUACUGCAUCGUCAGGGAAGACGUACAAUGCCGCCACAACGCCGAUAUGCACGGUUUCAUUGGCCAGCUCCUCAUCCUCAUGCACAUCGUCACACCAUUCAGCAUCAAACGCUUACUCCACACCAACCAGCUUCUGUGCAAAUUCAAACCGCUGGUCUCAUCAAUUCAGGCUUUCUUCUUAACUUCCUUGCCAUGUUCCCACUUUCGCCGUAUGGUCAACACGAGCUUAGUUCGCCUGAUUCUAAUGAAACUGAAAACUAUGAAGCGCUUCUAAACCUCGCUGAACGUUUAGGCGAAGCCAAACCAAGAGGUUUAUUACGAAAUGAAAUUGAACAGUUGCCAAGUUAUAAAUUCAAUCCAGAAGCUCAUACAGGUGACCAAACUUGCUGUGUUGUUUGUAUGUGCGAUUUUGAAGCAAGACAAAUGCUACGAGUGCUGCCAUGCUCCCAUGAGUUCCAUUCAAAAUGUGUUGAUAAGUGGCUCAGGUCAAACCGUACUUGCCCGAUAUGUCGCGGGAACGCUUCCGACUACUUUGAAGGCAGCGAUGAUCAAUAAGCGUCACUGGAGCUUUCAUCAAAUCAAACAUACGCUAAUAUUCUAAUAAUUGUUAUCAAUUUGUAGCUGUUAACGGGUAAUGAAAACAAAAAAACACGGAAAACAAACCAACACAUCAAUCAAGUACUACUACUAACUGCUCCUAAGACAGAAAGCAACCUCAAUUUUUGUCUUCAAUAUGUGUCGUCGUGCGUUUAACAUACAGAUAUACCCGUAAAGAGUUUAUAUAUUAACAUAAAUAGUAUCUUGUGUGGUAGCGGGAUGUGUGAACACUAGAGAAAGUGGACUUGCAAGCCAAGUAAAACCUUAAAUGCACACACAUAUGUAAAUGUUAAACACCCCCUCUAAGUAUACGCGAAACUUAUGGAAAUGUAGUAAAAACAGAACCCAACAGAUUCAUGUACAAAUUAACAAGCAUGAAUGGAAUCACACGUUUAUCUAAAGACUUUUAUUAUUACCAUAUUUCACUUAUGCAUAAUGUAACCUAAUUGCAACAAAAGAAAACCAGAAAAAAAUGGAAAAAAAACUAUUAAUUUUUUUUUAAAACAAAAAAACAGUGUUUCCAAGGUAUAUUAUAAGCUAACACAAAGGAGAUCUCCUAAUCAUUAUUGCGUAGUGUGUAAAACAGAAUAAUUAUAAUUUUAGAAGAUGCUGGAAAUGUUUUCAUUUUUCAUUAGAUCUAAAUGUGGUGUAAUUGUUGCUUUCUUAAUUCUUACUCUCUACGACUACUCUUAUCUUUAGGGGUUUCUUUUGAAUACGUAACGCAUUGAUUAGGCAUUUCCGUAACAAUUCAUUUUGUUUUUAAUGUUCUGAAUCUUGAAAAUGCAGUGAAAGUUUGUGAGGGUUGAUAGAAUAAGGCAAUAUAGUAUUUGCGGACGCCUCUGUUUUUUCCAUGUAGCAACGAUUGCCUCGGUCGAUCAAUUUAUGAGUUACUUCUUGCUUUUUGGCGAUGAUUUGUGUCUGGCGAGGACAACAAUGAUGCUUUUUGUGUAUUAUAGUUUGCUUGGUUCCAGAAAAAAUGAAAAAAAUCCUGAGAAAUAUGCUCGAGGUAAAGUAGGGUGUGAACACUUUUUUAAAGCUUAAAUGCGAUAUUUGCUUUUGUUUACAUCUGAAAGUGAAUUAGACAUCCACGGAUUACUUAUGAAGUAUUAAUGCAGAUGGGGAGAUGGUUGAGUUAAUCUUUGAGAACUUCUUGAAAUUGAUUUUUUAAUUAAGAACAGAAUAUAUGAGCCCUUUAAUUUGUUUAGCACCAAAACUGAGGACAUAUCAAUCAGAUAUUGUUUUGAAAUCCAAGCAAAAUUAAACCUACUUUACGUCGUUCACUUGAACAAAAUUGAUCAAAUCAUUACAAAGAAUAAGCUUCGAAACUUCAAAGUCCAAGAAGAUGUUUACGCAAACAGAAACUGCGACCGACCUAACAUUUUUGCUCUAGAAUUGAUGAGAAAUUUAGAAUUUUUA